AUGGCCACUUUCACCGAACGCGAGCAGAAGCUCAUGGCCGCUGCUUGUCAGUCUUUCGAAGGCGAGCCUAAGCUGGACAUGGAAAAGUUCGCUCAGCUUUCUGGCCUUGCUGUAGGCUCCGCUCGCAACGCCUGGGCCGCCCUCAAGAAGAAGCUCUAUGCUCACGAGUCCACCGCUGUCAAGGCCACUCCCGUCAAGCCUUCCGCCACCAAGUCUGGCAAGAAGCGCCCUCCCCCUGUUAUCCUGCCCACCGGUGACAACGGCUCGGAUGACGAGGAUGUCUUCACCCCUUCCAAGAAGCCCAAGACCCCCAAGUCCAAGGCUAAGGGCAAGGGCAAGAAGACUACCAACUCCGACGAUGAAGACAAGGAGAAGAAGGAGGAAGAGGAGGACGAUGGCUAUGUCAAGGUCAAGAACGAGGCUGCCGACGGUGACUUCGAAGAGGUCUAG